AUGGGUCUGGGUGUUGGAGUAGACACUCGUUCAGCAGGAGAACACGUCUGGUUCAUCAUGAGACUGAUGGUAAGCCUCGUCCCCCUGCUCCUCAUGGUAUGGAGUAGUCAUGGAACUGGAGCAGUGCCCAUAGAGGAGAAACUCAACAUCAAUGAGGGCUUGUCCAAAGAGGAGAGCGCAUUAUUGGUAAAGAUGCUGUCAGAGUUAGCAGGUCUGAAUCUGACUGAAAAAGACAUAGUUGAACUGGAUUCUGACCAGUUGCUGAAUCUUAAACUGAGCCAGAGGUCCAUUCUUGAUCAGCUGAAUCCCAAACGGAGAGUUCCAUGUAAGAACUUCUUCUGGAAGACCUUCUCUUCAUGCUGA